AUGACCGAGGAUAGAAUUACGGCAUUUCCAGACGGAAAUUCUUUCGUGAAGUAUAACUCUUCAAUAAACAAAUUAAUAAUUGGAAAUAGUGAAGGAUUGGUGAAGGUGUUUAAUGUAAAUGAACCGGACUUGGAACCAACGUCCAUUGAUAUAUUAGACAACUUAACCUCUAUUGCACACCAUGGAAACCAAUUAUUGAUUACUAAUACUGAUGGGAAUCUUGAGUUAGUUGAUUUAACGUUGAAUGAGUCUAAAGGAUCUAUUUUCAGGUCUGAGCUUCCACUUAGAGAUUCUGUUUUCAUUAACGAUGGGAAACGAAUACUUUGCGGAGGAGAUGAUAACAAAGUAGCCCUUAUCGAUUUGCAGAAUGACAACAAUGUUACCCAUAUAAAUGUCCCGCAUCAAGUAUUGAAUAUGUCGUACAAUUAUUCUGGAGAAAUAAUGGCAUUAAGCUUGACUGACGGGAAUAUUCAACUUUAUUCUGUAGUCAAUGAAGUUCCAUCUUUGCUUGAGACUAUUCCGAGCAUCUUACCAAAUAAGAUCCAUACUUCUAUGCAUACCAUAGACUUCAUCGAUGAGCAUAAAGAUGAAUUAGUCACUACCAAGACUACUUGGUCCAACAAUGGAGAAUUCUUAUUAGUUCCAACGAGCUCAAAUGCGAUCAGGGUAUAUGAGAGAUCAGACUGGAAUGAUUACAAAAGAGAAUUCAAGGGUACUAAUUCUAAAAUAAUUGACUUUGCAAUUUCUCCAAACGACAAAUAUUGUGCAAUAUUGUAUCUUGAUUCGUCGAUAACAAUCUUUGAGUUUAACAAUCUGAAUAAGAAAAUUAAGGAUAUAAAUGUUCUGUUAGGUUCUCAUGUGCCUAUCAAUUUAGACUGGCAACAUAGGGAUCUCUACGUUGGAACCUCGAAUGGUGAAAUUGUACAAUUUAUCAAUAUUAUAGACAAGCUGCCAGAGAAUGACUUGAAUAGUCUAUUUUUAAACGAAGCAGAAGAACUGGAGGGUGAGAAUAAUACAGACACGUUAUUGAAUGAUUCAGAAGCCGAAGAGGAACGCAAUGCUGAUAACAUAGACAAAGUGUCAGACGAUGAGCUCAGGCUACAUGAGGAAGAUUCGAUGGUAAUUGAUCAAGAUGAUGAGAUAGAGAGCUUUGCGAAGAGUAAUUCUUAUUAUAACAGAGAUAAGUUUUUAGAUGAGGGACAAAGAAAGCGCCAUAAAAGUAAUGGAAAUGCUCGUCACCCUCUGUUCAUCUUACCUCAAGAACCGAACUUAAAGCCAUAUUCUCCUGGAUCUACGCCUUGGAAGAACGAAAAGAAAAAUGCAUCGAAUGCUGAUAGAAGGUAUCUUUUUAUGAAUUCGGUUGGAUAUGUUUGGUCGGUAAAGAAUCUUUCCUAUGAAGACGCUGCCAGUCAGCAAACCAUAACUGUAUCAUUUUUUGACCGGUCUAUUAACAAGGAUUAUCAUUUCAUGGACUCAGAAAAUUACGAUUUAUGCUCUAUCAACUUUAACGGCUUGCUCUUGGGUGCUUCUGGAUAUAAAGAUGGUUCAUCAGUUGGAACUAUAUAUUAUAGAAACCACGAAGGAACUCAAGAUGCAUGGGAAAAGAGAAUCCCGUUGUUGAAAAAUGAAUAUAUUACAUCAGUUGCAAUAACUAAUAAUUACAAACUCAAGUCGGAAAAUGAUGCAGUGAUUGUUGUUGGAACAAACUUUGGUUAUGUGAGGUUUUUCAAUGUUCAUGGAGUAUGUCUCAAUCUUAUCAAGACUACGCCUGUUGUGACAUUAAUUUCAUCUCAGAACAAUACUAUUUUCUCAAUUAAUCAGAUAUCAUCAAAGGUUUAUUGCUACUCAAUCCUUGAUGUUAAUUCAGACUUCAAGUUCAUCCAGCAAGAUGUACUCUUGCCACUCAAGCAGUCACCAAACCCCGAAAUACCUUUAAUCAAAGGUGUCUUUUUCAAUGAGUACAAUGAUCCUUGUAUUGUUCCCGGUAUCGACGAUACUUUGCUUAUACUUCAAUCCUGGCGAGAAGCAAAUAACUCUAAGUGGAUUCCUCUUUUAAAUUGCAACAACACGUUAACCGAACAUGGAACAAACAAGAAUAAAAGACAUUGGAAGUGUUGGCCAUUAGGUCUCUAUAGAGAGCAGUUGAAUUGUUUGAUUUUGAAAAACAAUAGUCAAUAUCCAGAUUUCCCACUUCCACUCCCCGUUGAGCUCAGCAUUAAGUUGCCAGUAUCAAUAUAUCAAAAGCCAAUUCGCGAGAAAGGAAAUGAUAUUUUGGAUGAAGCUGAUGAUGAUGCAACACUCGUAAAUUCAAAUGAAGAUGAUCCCGAAGAAAUGGUUUUGAGAUGUUUAACUAUGGGCAAGAUAGUCAGCGAUUCAUUAAAUGACGAAUUUCAGGAAGAAGAGAGUGAGGAAAUUAUGGAUAGAUUGCAGCAGUAUAGUAUUGUUUUGGACAAAUCUCUCUUGAAGUUGUUUGGUGACGCCUGCAAAGACUAUAAAUUGAAAAGGGCCCUCAGUAUCGCGAAGCUUAUCAAAACUGACAGAGGACUAUCAGCUGCAAGUAAGAUAUCCGAGAGAAUGGAGUUUUCAAACUUAGCUAACAAAGUCAGCAAACUAAGAGAAGCAUUGAUUGACAUUGAUAAUGACGAAUAG